CUUCAACGUUUUCGGAGACGUCUGUUACCCCACCAGCUCGAUAGCUAGCUGGCCCAGAAUUCAUUGCACACUUCAUUCACGUAACGAUGGCGGCACAAAAAGAUCAACCGGGAGACGAAUACACUUUUAAAUGGACCAAAGAGCAAACGGCAGACUUCAUUAAAACUAGAGGAGAAAACGAUCACCUCUUCACCGGGGUAAAAAAUUCAGCGACUGUGGGAUGGAGGACUGUUCUCGAGAAGUUGGGCCUGCAAGGGAAAGUCACCCCCUUGCAGGCCAAAAAGAAGUGGGACAACUUAAAGAAAAGAUACAAAGAUUGCAAGUGUCCAGGGUCAGGUGAGGGAGUCAGUGGGAAGCCCACUGCUGCUACUUGGCCCUGGUUUGGCCUCAUGGAUGAGGUGAUGGGACAGAGGCCUUCCAUUAGGCCCCCUGUCCUUAUUUCCUCUCUCCCUGAGGACACUCCAGGGCCAAGUACAGCAGUGGGUGACCAAAGCGAGAGGGAAGACGAGACAGAUGAGGAAGGAGGUCAGCCAGCAACAACGGGAAGGAAGAGGAGAAGGGAUAGGGGGGAUGAGCUCCUUGAGCUCAUCAAAGAGGACAUGCAGUACCAGAGGGAGGCUGAGGAGAGGAGAGAACAGGAGAGCAGGGACAGGAUGGAGAGACUUUUUUCUAUAUUGGAAAGAUUAGUUCCUAAAUAAGUUAAAAUUCAAAUAAUGUUCUUACUUUGUUCUAUUUGUUAUGUCAUUCUAAAAGUUUUUGAUUAAUGAAAAUUAGUUCCCAAAUUGGUUGUGCCUUCAGAUAUUCUUUUUUUGAAAACAUUUCUUACUUUUUUCUGUGUUAUUUUAAAAGUUUCUCAUUAUGAAUAAAUUGA